GAAGGGUCUGUUUCCUCAGGCCCAGCUUUGGUCCAGCCCCAGAAUCCCAGGAAAGGGGAGGUGGAAGGGGCCCCCAGCCUCAGCUCAGGGAAGCCAGAAGGAUCUGAGCCCCGACCCCAGCUGCCCUCAGGGCUGGGGGGGCAGGGGGCUCAGGUCUCUCUCUGUGUCCUCAGACUCCAAAGGAUGCUGCCCCUCACUUUCUCCGAGCUGCUCUUCGCCUGCCUGAUCCUCCCAGGUCUGGCACAAGGCCUGGAGGACCCCUCGGAUGCUCCCUCAGCCAGGAGCUCCUGCCCCGAAGGCUUCCUUUGGUUUGAUUCCAACUGCUAUGGUUUAGUACGCUACGAAGAGACUUGGAGCUUCGCGGAACUGCUGUGCCAGAACUACCCCUCAGGCCACCUUGUGUCCCUGCACAGCGAGGCUGAGAAACGCUUCGUGGCCACCGUGAUUACUGAGAAUGGGGGCAGCCAGAAGCCCAUUUGGAUCGGUCUCUAUGACCCCCAGGAGAACCGCAGGUGGCGCUGGUCCAGCGGUGGCCUUUUUGUCUUUCAAUCCUGGGAUAAGGGAGCCCCCAGUCAAACCAACCCAAACUAUUGCGUAAUCCUGACCCAGGAUUCAGGAUUCCAAGCAUGGAAGGAUGAGCUGUGUAAAGUAAAGCUCCCCUACGUCUGCAAGUUCAAGGCCUAGAAGUGGUGAAUCAGAAGAAUGAAUUAAGGUUCUUCAACCCCUGAUUCAAAUGGACUUUCAGAGGGUCCUGGGUGUAUUUUCUCUGCCCUAUCAGAGAACCUUCAUUCCACCCACCUCCCCACACAUGAACCGUUCUCCCCUUGUCAUGGCCCUCCUGUACCCCUUUCUCCCUCCCCUCCCCUUUUCCUUCCAUCAUUACCCUUAUGCUCAUUACCUUUGAUUCAGAGCACUGACCAUGAAGAAUAAACUGUCCUUCUCCCUA